AUGCCCUCUGAUCAGAGCACUUGGCUGAUCUCGGUACCUCAGGAUGGCGAGGCCGAGGGUCUGUUGCAGGAGGUCACUACGAAGCUAGUCAAGCAAUCCAAGUCACUCCCGCCUAACAAUAUAUCCCAACUAAAUAUCCCUACAUUCAAGACAGGCACACUCGAUUCCUUGAUAUCUCUGUCGGAAGACCUCCCGAAGCAAGAGUCUUUCUUCACCCAGACGGUCGCUAAGAUCGUAGAUACUCUCCGCAACCUCCUUAACAACGAUCCCUCCAAAUUGUCGAAGCACAUUCUGGUCAACGAGGCCACUGUCGAUGACUAUCUCCUCCAUGAUUGGUCUUGGAACGAAGGCCGGUACGGCGUACAGAGGGGUCUCCCGGAGAUGGCUGACGUUUUGAACAAGGAGAUGAUAUCUAUCGACAACGUCAUGAAGACCAAACUCAAUAGCUAUAACCUGGCUAAGGGAUCGCUGACGCAGAUGCAGCGCAAGAAGACAGGAAAUCUUUCGGUUCGGUCUCUCGUGGAUGUUGUGUCGAAGGAAGACUUCCUCCUGGAUUCGGAAUAUAUGGAGACGGUCCUGGUCGCUGUGCCCAAGACCUUGGUGAAAGACUGGAACGCGAAAUACGAAAGAUUGACGUCGAUGGUUGUGCCCAGGUCAUCCAGACCGAUCGCCGCUGAUGCCGAAUAUUCCCUUUUUGGAGUUGUCAUUUUCCGCAAGGUGCACGACGAGUUCGUCCAAAAAUGCAGAGAAAACAAAUUCAUAGUCCGAGAUUUCGUCUACUCAGAAGACGCGUUACAGAAGCAACGGGAGGAGCUUGAGACGGCAGACACGACAGAGAAGGAACUAUGGACUGAAUUGUUACGAUUGUCACGGACAAACUUCUCUGAAGCCUUCCAAUUGUUGGUACACUUGAAGGUGAUGCGGUUGUUCGUCGAGAGUGUGUUGCGAUACGGUCUCCCAGCGAACUAUACUGGCCUCAUAGUCAAGCCCGAUCCGAAGCAGGUUAAGAAGAUCCUAACUGUUCUCAGCAGCCAAUUCUCCUACCUAGCGCCGCGAUCCAGUAGGCGCAGUAACGCGAAGACGGGUGGCAACGAGGAUUUCGUCGGCGAGUACCAGUCAUUGCUGGAGCAAGAGUUCUUCGACUUUGUAUUGUAUGAAGUGCCCUGGAUUGUUUAUUAA